AACAUUACAUUUUAUUUUCUACACCCUACAAAUCUAAUCGUCAAAAAAAAUGGUCCGUUGGAAAUAGUGACAGAAGAGGAGGAGAGAGAAAAUAACAUUAGAAACAAACAAACCCUAAAAACCAUUAACAUACCAUACAAAGCUUCAAACAAUUAUCACUACUAUUAAACCAGAAACCCAAAUAAAAAUGGCUGCAAUUGAAGAAAAUCCGAAAAACCCUAACCCUAGCGAAACUCCAAGAAAGAGAAGAGCAAGUUUACCUGAGCUGUGGUUUAAAGAUCAGCAAUUGAAGCACGCAAUCUUUAGAAUGCAGCAGCUUCAACAAAAUCAUACCAAUUCAAAAACCCUAAUUUUAGGUUCUGAUCCUCUCUCUCUCAUUUCCGAUGAAUCGUUAACUUUAAUUCUUUCCAAAGUACCAAUUUCGCAGCAUUUUACGAAUUCGUUAGUUUGUAAGAGGUGGUAUUCAAUUCAAGGAAGAUUAGUUCGUUCAAUUACACUGUUGGAUUGGGAUUUUCUUAAUUCGGGGAGAUUAACGAAUCGAUUUCCUAAUUUGAGUGAGAUUAAUCUUACUCCAGCUUGUUUUAGAAGUUGUGGGAGUUCCGGGAUUUUAAUGUCGCAUAAAUUGGUUUCGAUUCAUCUUGAUUCGGAGGUUGUUAGUGAUUGUUUGAUUGGUAGAGAAGGUAUUUUAGGGUCUGGGUUGAUUGAUAGAGGGCUUAAAGUUCUUGCUAAUGGUUGUGCUAAUUUGAGCAAGUUAGUGUUGGUUAAUGCUAGUGAGGGAGGGUUAGGUUUUCUAGCUGAGAGAUGUUUGAUUCUUCAAGAGUUGGAGAUACAUUGCUGUGAAGAUAUGUCGUUGAUGGCGAUUUCCGGGUUUAAGAACUUGCAGAUACUCAAAUUGGUGGGUUGUGUUGAUGGGUUGUACAAUUCGGUGGUGACGGAUAUUGGGUUGACGAUUGUAGCUCAGGGUUGUAGGAGGUUAGUGAAGCUUGAACUUAGUGGAUGUGAGGGUAGCUAUGAUGGGAUUAAGGCCAUUGGCCAAUGCUGUCAAAUGUUGGAAGAGCUGACCCUUUGUGGUCAUAAGAUGGAUGGUGGGUGGUUGGCCGCGCUUUCAUUUUGUAGCAAUUUGAAGACUUUGAAGUUCCAGUCGUGUGAGAGUAUAGAUAGUUGCCCCGGUCCUGAUGAGCAUUUGGGUUCUUGCCCAACACUGGAGGAGCUGUACUUGGAGCGGUGUCAAGUUCGGGAUAAAGGGAGUGCUAAAGCUCUGUUCUUGGUGUGUGAUUCUGUAAGAGAGAUUUCUUUUCAGGAUUGUUGGGGAUUGGAGGAUGAUAUAUUCCGUUAUGCAGCUCUUUGUAGGAGGGUGAAGUCUCUAUCAUUGGAAGGAUGCUCCUUGCUGACAACAGAAGGUUUGGAUUCCAUGGUUCAGAGUUGGAAGGAGCUCCAGACACUUAAAGUGGUGUCAUGUAAUAGUAUAAAAGAUUCUGAGAUUACUCCUGAGCUGGCCACUUUGUUUUCUGUCUUGAAAGAAUUGAAGUGGAGGCCAGAUUCCAGAUCUUUACUAGCGUCAAGUCUUGCUGGCACUGGAGUGGGAAAGAAAGGCGGUAGAUUUUUCAAGAGGGUAUGAGGCUUUACUUUUAACCUAGUGAUAGUCACAAUGGUGGACAAGAGAAAGUGAUUGACUUUCUACAAGCUGCCUAGGGAGCCAUUGUCAACAUUUGUAUAUACUCUUCGUGAUCCCAAAUCUGUAUGUGGGGUUCCAUUUUCUUAUGGACUUCAAUAAGAACAAUUCUGUUCAUGUAUUUCUUUAAAAUGUAGCUAAGUUAUAUUCUAUUUAAUUCUGUUUAGUUGAAACAGUUAACUGGCAGUACUGUGCUCAAUAAGCCCCCUACACUGUUAUAUGAUUAUAUGAUGACUGAACUUGAUUUUCUAAUCUUUUUCUGAAACCAUGAUGACUCUAAACUUUGCAAAGUUACAUAGAUAACAUAAUUGCUUUAAAGUGGCUACAUUUACCAGUAGAAGGCCAUUAUCCCUAUCUGAGGUAGUUUUUCUGCUAGUUUGCUUCCAUAUGAACUAAUACCAACGGGCUCUAAAAAUCUUACAGAUGUGUGCCAUCCAUGUGGUUAUUAAUAUGCUGUCUUAGGUUCCUAGGAUACUCUUUUGGUACAUGACCCCCUUGUUAUGUUUUCUUGUGCCCUAUUCUAUUGCUGUUCUAUUUUGUAAAUACCGAAGUAAUUGUCUCCUGUCUCAUAUGAAGGUGUCUAAGGUCCAGAUUAUUACGCUCUACUUUCUGCAUGCAUGCUUUUAAUUCCUUAAAAGCACGCGAUGUAGAAUUUCAGAACUUUAGAUUGUGAGUCUAUUAACUUUCAAUUUGGCAAGUGGAGAACUUUUGAACGGUGGAGCAUUCAGAAGGAUAAAUGACGUAUCUUGGAGCAAUGAAUCAGAGAUGCCUGCCAGGUUCAAAUCUCUUCGAAGUUAUCUUUCCUAAUUGCUCUUCUGAUGGCAAAUAGUACCACACCCUUCUACAGAUGCUCGUCUGCUUAUCAUUUUAUUGGUACGGUAGUUCCACAAGCGGGCACGGGACAGAAGUACUUGAUUCCACGAGUUACUGGUUUCUGAGAUCAUCUUCAUGGUUCAGCUCAACACGAGAAUUAAAGACAAGAUGAUCCAAGUAUGUAUUAAAUGUAAAGCACUCUGCUGCAUUGUCUUUCGUUGAUGAAGUUCCUAUAGUUGUAAGAAUGUAGUAAUGCAUCACCGACUGUUUCAAUGACUUUUUGAAAGCAAUCCUAUCUAUGAGAGAAGAAUGAGGGUUACCAAGGA